GGUCAGCUACUCAGCUUCCAAUACUUUUGAGUCAGUUGCCCGUACAAAGCCGGAUCAUCUUCCACCACCAUGGAUUCAACAAAGAAGUACAGUACAGCUCUACAGGAGGAAUUUGCAUAGACUCGGUGGUGUUGGCUUUCUCGGCUUGUCCUAUUUGUGACGUUACAGUGCCUUCAACUGGGCUUGAAAUGCAUGCAAACAAUCAUUUUGAGGAGGAAGAGGAACUUUUAAAGGACAUGAAGUUGUCUCAACAACUUGCGAGGGAGGACAUGGAGUUGGCUGAAAAAAUUGCCCUUGGACCAACUAGACCUCGUAAUACACGAAUGACCCCUUAUACCCCUCAAGUGAAAAGGACUGGAGCAUCAAAAACACUUGUUGCCAUGAACCUAUCGUCUUCCACUUCCAAGUCUGAUGUGAUCGAGUUCUUUAAAUGGCCUGGGGAUGUUGUUGAUGUGCGUUUCUCUUAUUAUCCUAGUGGAGAAUUCAGGGGAGUAUGCCAUCUUGAGUUUGCAACUGAAGAAGCUGCAAAGAAGGCAAUGAAGCUGAAUGGCGAAUAUUUAUCGGGCAGUUGGGUAAAACUUGGAUUUUCUCGUGAAUCCAUUUUUGUUCGAGGUUUCGAUACUUCUUCUGAAAUCAACGAGAUCCGGAGCUCCCUAAAAGAGCAUUUCUCAUCUUGCGGAGAGAUCUUAUGGAUGCACAUUCCAACAUUUCAUGACACUGGUAUUGCUCGCGGGAUUGCUUUCAUUGAGUUUUACCACCUCGAUGCUUUCCCAAAAGCACUUGCGAUGAAUGGGCAUAAACUUGGUGAUUAUCCCUUGACAAUUGAAGAUGCGACACCAUUAAACCUUAAUGUUACAGGAACGGGUGGUAGAGCUGUAUCAUCUGGAGGGCGUUUUGGUCCUUAUGGUGGCCCAACUUAUAUUCAUGGGUUCUUACUAAAAUCUGAUAGAGGUUAUGGUGGUGCUGGCUUACGAAGGGUUGGAAGCCCCUAUCGUCAUCCUUCAGAUAAAUGUUUACCAAUGCCUUGAAGGAGGAGUGAUUGCUGUUCUACAGUCUUAUGUUGAUUAAGAUGUAAGUAAAGAUUUCUUUCUUAUUUUUUUUCUUUGAACGAUGAUGGAGCUACCAUCUGAUGCAUGUCUGGUUUGGUCAUGUAUUGUUUAGUUCAGAAGGAAGAGUCAUUCUAUACUUUGAGUUGGGCUUGUAAUAUUGAUGGGAAUCCAUUGUUAGUUGCUGGUGGACUCAAUGGAAUUAUACGUGUUAUUCAACCAAAAUAAA